AUUUAAAAAGUUGUUUUUGAAUGGAGGAGUAAAACUGCAUAAGAAAAACCUUCAUAACCUUAACAUGUCAUCAGUAUAUACAGUAGAUAUGAACCAACUUAAGGAGGUCCCGAUAUUCUGGCUGAAGAAGACAGUAGCGAAAGUGAUGAUGAAUGAUUUCAACAAGAAUGGGGUGUGGGAUGUAGAGGAUUGUAGGAUUGCAGCUGAGAAGAUUAUCAAGAUAGGCAAUCUCAAAGGAGUCAAAAUUGACGAGGUCUACACAUUCUAUUGUGAAAAUAUCCCACCGUACUUCCACACAGCAAACAACUUAACAGAAUGGCUCAUUGAAGACUUCAACUUUAGAAAUGGUCCGAACGUGCGAUCCUUAUUCCAGACGUUCAUGUCAACAUGGUUCAACGUUUUGGAUUUGGAUGGGGAUGGUGUCAUAAACCAACAUGAAUUCAAGGUUUUCUGGGAUAUAUAUGACCUUGACCCCAAUUACAUGAAGUACCAGUUCGACUACAUUGAUGAGGAUAAAGAUGGCAUUAUAUCAUGUCAGGAGUUUGUCGAUGCGGGUUUUGACUAUUUUUACAACACUGAGGAAAAUGGUAACAAGUUUUGGGGGCCCAUUCAAGAUUUUCAUAUGAUUUAAAAACAAUGUGAGUUAACAUGACUGCUUGACAUAUUUAAUAGAAUCUCAUUCCGCCCCUAUUUACAAGUACAAAUGCAUAUUAAGUGAUAAAUCAAGCAAUAAUCCUUAUUUAUUACAGUAUGUCUGAGAGGCAUACAGUUUGUAUGUCAAAAUAAGGUCAUUGAGGGCUACUUUUGAGAAACAGAGUGUAAUUCCGGUGAUGGGCUUAACCAACAAAAUCUGAGCCAAUUAAAUAGUGUGUGUAAUUCUGUAUGUGAUACAAUUUGGCUGUGUGUGAUAUAAAUUUUGAUUUUAUGAUUUAGAUCGCAGGUCAGUUUUUGAAACAGGUGACAAAAAUGAAACAGCAGUAGGCCCAAAAGUAGACAUGCCAACUCCCAUUCUCUCUU